CGCGAGCUACGCUGCGUUCAUAAAGUCUAUGUGAUACCCCUGCGAAUCUCUGAGUUCUCCCUGAGGAUCUGUACAGAACGUAUUGUAAAGAACUAGUUUUAGAAGCUGUUUACAGUCCGACUACGCAUGCGCAAGUUUUCUGCGUGGAAGCGAGCAGUUUCUACUUCAGUAUAUAGUUGUAUUUCAUGUAAAGUUCGUCGAUUAUUAAAACCGUGUGAAAUUCUAGGACCACUGCGCAAUUCUGAGGAUGGAGGGACGCCAGUUCUCUCAGACCAUGGUGAACUACCAGAAGACGACGGCGAGAUAAAUGACCUUCCUUUGAAGUUUGAAGAUAUCGUGGACAGGAAAACUUAUGAUAAAAUGCGGCCACCUAAACCUGGAGGAAAAGCUACGAAAGUCGGAUUCCAUAUAACCGUCAUGAGCAUAGACAGCAUUGAUGAAAGUUCAAUGACGUAUGCAGCUGAUAUAUUUUUUGGACAAGAAUGGAAAGAUCAUAGAUUACAGAUCCCUGAUAAUAUCACAAGGGAGUAUCAGCUACUGCCAAUAGAAUGGCUGAAGGAAAUAUGGAGACCGGAUUCUUACUUUAAAAACGCAAAGAGGGUUACAUUUCAGACAAUGACGAUACCAAAUCAUUAUGUGUGGCUGUAUCGAAACAAACAGAUUUUCUACAUGGUCAAGUUGACCCUACUGCUAAGUUGCUCAAUGAAAUUCAACGCGUAUCCUCACGAUCUUCAACUCUGUCAUCUCUCGAUGGAAAGCUUGUCCCACACUACAGCUGACCUAAUAUUUGAGUGGUUUCCUGAAGACAAGGUUCCCCUUGUAGUAGAGGAUCUUGAACUCCCUCAACUAGAACUAAUGGAAAACACAACGGAGGAUUGCACAGCUGCAUAUUCAACAGGGAACUUUACUUGCUUAAUGGUUGUCUUUAAGUUCAGACGACGUCUUGGAUAUUUUAUGUUCCACACAUAUAUACCAACUUGUCUUAUUGUGAUGAUGUCAUGGAUUUCAUUCUGGAUAAAGCCAGAAGCUGUUCCUGCCAGAGUUACGCUAGGCGUAACAUCUCUUCUGACUCUAUCUACUCAACAUGCGAACAGUCAAAAAUCUCUACCUCCUGUGUCCUAUAUAAAAGCAAUAGAUAUGUUUAUGUCGGCCUGUACCCUCUUCGUGUUCCUCAGUCUUAUAGAAUAUGCGUUUGUGAACGUUAUGAUGGGAGAUAUCAGUGAGAUUGAGAGAAAACGAGAAAAACGUGGAUCAGCAGUAAGGGAUAUGAUGAAUUUUGGGCAUAAUCGGUUUAUACAGUGUGUACAGUGUACAGGCGGGGAUAGUUAUCAACCAACAUCGCAACCUUAUCUGGAUCAAACAAUAGUACAACAACAACAACAACAACAGCAGCAACAACAGCAGCAGCAACAUCAUCUCCAACAACAGCAGCAGCAGCAAACAAUAUUUCAAGGUCACAACAAUUUCCAGCAGCCCUAUAUGCACACUAGAUCCCCCCAUCAGAUUCCGUCAAUGCAUCAUCAUCACCAUCAUCAUCAUCAUCAUCAUGAUCGUCCAAUUUCUCAAGAAAUGCAUGAACAAGCCCAGAUUCAGUCCCACAGCAAUCCAAUGUUCAACCAGGAUCAGCUGUCAAUGCUUGAAGUUGAAGAUCAGCAGCAGCAGCUCCAGCAGCUAACACAAGCUGCUGCCAGCUGUCCUAAACAUGGGAAUGGGGUUCUCAAGGACAGAAACAAUGCAAUAUCUGAGAUUCUUGGCUUAGAACCAAGCGGAAAGAAGAAGAAGUUAGAGCCUAAGGAAGAAAUGAAAAAAAGAAGAGAAAAGGCAAUUUGUAUUGAUCGAGUCUCCAGAAUUGUUUUCCCCUGCACAUUCAUUCUACUUAACAUUACUUAUUGGUUGGCUUUCAGUGAUAUCAUGUCUUCUAUAGCUACUAGCUAGAUAUAUACAGCUAGUAGCUAGAUAUAUACAGCUAGUAGCUAGAUAUAUACAGCUACUAGCUAGAUAUAUAUCUAUUAGCUAGUUUAAAAAUAAAGAGACAUCGGAAGAAUUUAUGAAAUGUCG